AUUCUCUCCCUCAAUAUAUAUGCACUACUCUGUUCUUCUUCUUCUUCUACUUCUCUCUCUUCUGUACUUAAAGAAACCACACUGUUCAAAUAAACCUCCCAAGAAAAAUGGAAAACAGAUUCAAAAUGCGAAUUUCUCGCAUGUUCCGAUCAUCACUGGCUUCCUGCCGUCCAAAGGACAUCACCGCUAACGUCAUUGAACGAUCACCGAUUUUUCUCCCUGGCAGCAGCAGCAGCAGCACCACCACCACCACCCACCGGCACCACCAGUUGAUUGAGCUUUUAUCUCCUAAACCGCCGCCUCCGCCGCUGCCACCUCAUCUCUCCGGCCGAGGUAAACAACUCAAAUGGUCCCAAACGGGCCGUAACAAGAAACCCCUGUUCUCGUUGACCGAAACAGAGGGUCAAAAGUGUCCCCCUGUUUCUCCAAGUUCACCUUUCCUCAACACUUUCUACGAUCACCAUCAUCAUCAAGAUCGGUCAGCAUCAUCAUCGUCUUCGUCUAAGAACAAGGAAAAGACGAAAAAGACUAAAAAGCCGAAAAGGGUUCGUUCCAAGAUCAAAUCUUUCGGCCUCCACGACGAGUUUCCGGCUUGCAAUUACAACGGGCUGUUCAGCAGCGACGACGGCGAUGACGACGUCGACGUGGACAGCGACGACAUAACAACCUUAUUCUCCUCGAGAUCCCUCUCCUCCGACUCCUCAGAAUCGUUGUCCCGGAGCCGGAGUUGCCGGAUUGUCCAGAGGACGAAUUCCGACAACUUUCACCACCGGUACGGCCGGCAACAAAAAUCAAGAACGACCGGAGUAAAAGACGAUUUGGAAAUCAUGGGCCCACGUUCGACGUCGAUGCUGGCGGGACUGAAAAUGGAAGGCAAAGUGAAGGACAGCUUUGCGGUGGUGAAGCGUUCCAGUGAUCCGUACAAUGAUUUCAGAACUUCAAUGGUGGAAAUGAUUCUGGAAAGGCAGCUGUUUUCAGCCGAUGAGCUUGAGAAGCUGUUACAGUGUUUUCUGUCCCUCAAUGCUUACCAACAUCACCGAGUUAUCGUCCAAGUUUUCACUGAGAUUUGGGAAGCUUUAUUUUCAAAUCGUUGAAGUUCGUCUGACGUUGAUUAUGCUUUAAUUAAUGUUGUUGUUUGUUGUUCAGAUUAAUGACUGGAUUAGUUAGUGUUCUACUGACUGACUGUUGUGUAACGUUGUCGACUAAUUAAUCUUAAUGGAGUUUAAAACUCUAAUGAUCCUUUUUUUUUUUUUUUGGGUCUUCACGAGUGAUUUAAUCUGAUUUGAUGAGACUCUGAAAAAGCUAG